AACUCUCGUCAUAAAGAAGUCGUCGUGGUUUUUUUUCUCCAUUCUCUUCUGUAUUCGUUUUUAUUCCAGAUCUAGGGUUUCCAUCCUCUGAAUCCAUUUAUCAAUUCCCAAAUUCAUUUGAAAAGAUGGAAGCCAUUGAUUCAGCUGUUGAUCCUUUGAGAGAGUUCGCUAAAGACAGUGUUCGUCUCGUUAAGAGAUGUCACAAACCAGAUCGCAAAGAAUUUACCAAGGUGGCGUUCCGUACUGCUAUUGGAUUCGUUGUGAUGGGAUUUGUUGGGUUUUUCGUCAAGCUCAUCUUUAUUCCUAUUAACAAUAUCAUCGUAGGAUCUGUUUAGGAGUUUCAUUGAGGUUGAGAAACGUUGCAAAAGUGGUAGGAAGCAGUUUAUUAGAUUCCUGUUAGCAUGCAAGGAAUGAAAAAGGAUGUCACCUGCCUGUUUUGGCUCAUCUUAAUGUACACACUUUAACUGCAAAAUGGAUCUAACGACAGGAUUAAAUGUUUUUACUUUUUAAGUUUUGAAAAUCAAUGUUACUUUUCAGUUCAGUUAUCUCAUUUUUCUUUAUCCUGUUAGGGGUCUUUGGUUUUCUGUAUGGGUUCCAUGGGUAUACACAGCAAUGUCUUAAUGUGCAGGACUGUUUAACA